GAGACAAACUGAUUUAGAGCAGACUUUGCCCUGCACAAAUCAUAAUAGGAAGCAAACUGGUGCCAGACUAAAAGAUCUUUAUCACUGUUAAAAGAGAAAAAAUGAGCAAUGAGCAGUCUCCCCCUCCAUACAACCCCUAUUACCCUCCGCAACAUCCUAAUGAAAUGCAAGGAAAAGUUGGGGAGGCAGUCAUUUGCGUUGAUGAUCCUGUCAAUAUGGGGAUUCCUGAAGGUGCUCCCCCAGAGUACACCCUGGGCUUUGAGAAUGACAACUGCUUUUCAGAUGCAGCAAUAAGACGAGGUUUCAUAAGAAAAGUGUACUUGACACUUAUGGUUCAACUGUUAAUAACAGUUGGAAUCAUCUGUGCUUUUCUGUAUUGGGAGACACUUAGGAACUGGGUAAUAGACGCAUACUGGUUUACCUACACUAUGAUGGGUGUAACGCUGGCUCUAAUCCUUGUGCUCUCCUGUUGUGGUGACAUCCGUCGGAAGGUUCCCUUGAACUUCAUCUUCCUAGGGCUGUUUACAAUUGCAGAGGGAUUUCUCCUUGGAUCAAUAACAGUGUACUAUUCAGCAGAGGCAGUCCUGUGGGCAGUGGGUGCAACUGCUUUGGUUUCCCUUGCGAUGAGUUUGUUUUCAUUGCAGUCUAAAUGGGACUUCACACCUGCUUCUGGUUGUAUGUGGGCAAUAUGCUGGACACUGUUUUCUUUUGGGUUGCUUUGUGCAAUUUUGAGAUCACAGUAUGUGUACAUUGUUUACGCAUCGCUGGGAACAUUGGUCUUCUCUAUGUACCUGGUGUUCGACACGCAGCUCAUACUGGGUGGAAAACACAAAUACAGCAUCAGCCCAGAGGAGUACAUCUUUGCUGCUCUGAACUUGUACCUUGAUAUUAUCACAAUUUUCUUAAUGUUACUUCAACUAAUUAGACUUUGUAGUUGAUGUGGUUUAUGAAUUUAAAGAGGGCACUUAAUGAUUCAAUCACCACUCUCACUAUGGCCUACGUGGCUUGAGAUAUGGUUACUUUUUUUGUAAACAUGACUCCAUCAUGACUGUAAUAUGUUGUCUUAAACUUUUAUAAAUUCAGUCGUAACACUGAAAUUUUUAAGCUACAUUUAUUAAAGAGUAUCUACUGUCAUGUGUUGGCUAUCAUUUUGUGUAUGCAUACAUGCAUACAUCUUACAGUACAUUAAUUUGCUUGAAACACAACGUCAUGUUUGUGAUAAGCGGAGUAAUAAAAUAGCUCAUUGGACCU